ACGGCCAAAGGUUCGAGCAGAGAACUGAGACAUGGAAGAACAGCUCACAACAUAUGUCACCCUCUUCGUUGAGGAAGAAAUCAGACCUCCGAAUGAUCCAGAAGGUUCUAUACAAAGCCAUCAACUGCACCUAUUGUGGCUUCAGUCAGUGGGUGGUCUAUUGAACGCCACAUGUGGAAACGCGACUGAAUUGAUAAUCGCUAUUCUGGCUUUGACCAAUAACAAGCUCGCAGUUGUGAAAUAUUCGUUGCUAGACACUUCGGCUGCUGUUAUCUCCGACAUGUCACUGACUCUAUCUCGAGCAAGCAGUAUUGUUAUGUUGAUCGGUUACAUUGCAUAUCUCGUUUUCCAGCUUUGGACUCACCGCCAAUUGUUCGACGCACAAGAUCAGGAAGAUGAGUAUGAUGACAAUGUGGAGGAAGAAACCCCUGUGAUUAGUUUUUGGAGUGGUUUUUCCUGGUUGGUUGGGAUGACACUCGUCAUCGCAUUGCUAUCGGAGUAUGUUGUGGCCACAAUUGAGGAUGCAUCGGAAACAUGGAACUUAUCAGUGAGUUUCAUAAGCAUCAUAUUGCUUCCUAUUGUUGGAAACGCAGCUGAACACGCUGGAGCCGUUAUUUUCGCUUUUAAGAACAAGCUUGACAUAUCUUUGGGAGUUGCAUUGGGCUCUGCUACUCAGAUUGGCUUAUUCGUCGUCCCAUUGACCAUUAUCGUGGCAUGGAUUCUAGGAAUUCACAUGGAUCUCAAUUUCAAUCUCCUUGAAACCGGUUCUCUUGCUCUUUCCAUUAUCAUCACAGCUUUCACAUUACAGGAUGGGACUUCUCACUACAUGAAGGGACUAGUCCUCUUGCUUUGCUACUUCAUUAUUGCCAUAUGUUUCUUCGUAGACAAACUUCCUCAGAAACAACCAAAUGGACUUCAACAUAUGAACAAUGUUGUCACUGCAACAGGAGGAGUUUUCUCAUCAUAAAUUAAAACAAGUACCAAUGU